UUGUGGCAACAACAAACGGCGAAAGCAACUUGCUGCAAAAACAAAACACUGACUUACGAUUACAAAACAAAUAGUGGUUAUAUUGACGACAGUGUGUGUGUGAAGGGGCGGGGAGCGCCGCCUCCAACGUCGGCACCGACGCCAGGGCUGCCAUAAAAUUAGCUCGUCAGUCGGCGGCGCUUUUGCAUUUUAGGAGCAGCUACGUAGCUGCUUCUCCCAUUCAUUCAGUCACGAGAUUUCAUUCAGUGUGUGAGUGUUGAUGAGGUUAGUUGUAAAACCAAUUGUAUCGGUAAUCGUUGCAAAGUGCUCAGCUCAUCAAAAACGCAAAAACGGCUAAAAUGUUACAAGUGCAGUGUGAUCAAAGUGUUGAUUAAACAGAACCUCGAGAAAAGUACAAGUGAGGAAGAGGAAAAGAGGAUAUCAGCAAAAUCGUAGCGCAGUUGUGUGCACUCGCUGGCGAAAUAUUGUGCUGCAUACUUCUGGGCUGUCCGCGAAAAUCAUUACGAACAUGUUGUUUUCGAAGCACAUCCGUGGAGGGAAUAGCGAGAGAAGCAGUCGCCACAACUAUAGAGCAACGCGCCCGCAAGCCAAGGCCAAACAGUCGCAGCAAUGGCAACACUAAUCCCAGCGACCGGAGGCAAUCCAGCGAGCGCACAGUCCUCCAAUGUUGAGGCCACAUAUGAAGAUAUGUUCAAAGAAAUCACACGUAAACUGUACGGCGAGGAGACCGGCAACGGUUUGCACACGCUCGGCACACCGGUGGCUCAGGUGGCCACCAGUGGCCCCACCGCGGUGCCCGAGGGCGAGCAACGCUCGUUUACGAAUUUGCAACAAAUCGAUCGCACCGCUGCGCCCAGCAUUGAAUAUGAAGCGAGUGGUGCGACAGGCGGUGGCAACGGCAACAACGUGGCCACCACCCAGGCUAAUGUAAUCCAGCAACAACAACAGCAGCAGCAGGCCGACUCGGGCAACUCUGUGGUGGUCAGCGCCAGCGGCAGUGGUGGCGCCACUGUGGUGCCGGCGCCCAGCGUCGCCGCCGUUGGCAGCUUCAAGUCCGAGGAUCAUCUGAGCACAGCCUUUGGCCUGGCCGCUCUCAUGCAGAAUGGCUUUGCUGCUGGCCAAGCGGGUCUGCUGAAGGCGGGCGAGCAGCAGCAGCAACGCUGGACUCAGGACGCUGGCACGGCAGAGCAGCAGCAGCCACAGCUGGUGCAGUGGACAACAGGUGGCAAGCUGCAAAGCUAUGCCCAGGUCAAUCAGCAGCAACAACAGCAGCAGCAGCAGCAACAACAACAACAGCAGCAGCAACAACAGCAUCAGAGCACGCCCAAGUCCAAAAAACACCGUCAGGAGCAUGCCACGGAACUGAUCUAUGCCAGCCCCUCCACAUCGGCCAAUGCGGCACAGAAUCUGGCCCAAAACACGCCCACCUCAGCGCCCACCAACAGCAGCAGCAGCAGCGGCGGAAGCAGCUCUUCCGGCGGCAGUCGCAAGAAGUCCUCGCAAGCUCAGGCCGCAGCAGCCGCUGCCGCUGCCAACGGUGUUCACAUUGUGAAGCGUUAUGCCUGCACCCAUUGUCCGUACUCGACGGAUCGUCGGGAUCUGUACACACGCCACGAGAACAUUCAUAAGGACGAGAAGCCCUUUCAGUGCUAUGCCUGCCUCAAGCAGUUCAAUCGAGCCGAUCACGUCAAGAAGCACUUUCUGCGCAUGCAUCGCGAGCUGCAGUACGACAUCAACAAGACGCGUCGCCAUGUCCCUGCCGGCAGUGGUGGAUCAGGUGGUGGCUCUACUGGCAACUCCCAUCAUUCCGGCGGUCGUGGCAAUGUGACGAUCAAUGCGACGGGCGUAAACAUUGACAAUGCAUUCCUGGAGGCCCAGCGACAUCCCACCUCGACCAGCAUGAGCAUUGUGGAGACCAUCGAGGCGGUGGCCUCCGCUGCCGACAUGCCGCUGGCCCAGCUUAAGCAGGAGAAGCUCGACGAUGGCUCCGUACUACCGCUCCAUGUGGGCGCUGUCAUGAACAAUGCCCAACAGCCGGUUGCUAGCUCCAGUUCGGGUUCGGGUAGCAGCAGUGCGGGUGGCGGCUCCGGUCUACUGAAACCCAAGCGGGAGAAACGCUUCACCUGCUGCUAUUGCCCCUGGUCCGGUGCUGAUAAGUGGGGCCUCAAGCGUCAUCUCAACACACACACAAAGCCGUUCGUUUGCCUGCUCUGCGAUUACAAGGCGGCGCGCUCAGAGCGCCUAGCCACCCAUGUGCUCAAGGUACACAACAAGCGUGCCUGCAGCAAGUGCUCCUACCUCGCCGACACUCAGGAGGAGUUCCAGGCUCACAUGAGUGAUGUGCAUCCGCACGAUAAUCGUCCGGCGCGCAGCAGCAGUGGAAACAAUAGUGGCAACAACGGUGGAAACAGCAGCGGCAACAAUAAUGGCAACAACAAUGCAUCGCAUAGCCAGAACUUGAACGUCUUGCGAACCAUUGGGAACACCCUGGUGGCGAACAAUCAACUGAACACGUUUCACAAUGCCGGCAACGCUUUUGGUUCGUCAAGUGGCGGUGGCCAAACCGUGGGCAAUGUGAGCGGCAGUGGUGCCGUUACCAUCUAUACCACGACUACCAAUGAUGGCGUGUCUGGCGGCGGCGGCGGUGGCGGAACCGGGAAUAACAUCACGGGCGGCCCUUUACAGGAGAUCAUUGUGAAUCCCACAUCGAUGGUGGGCUGGCGUCUCAGUGCCAACGGCUCUUUGAUACCACCGCAUGAUCUGCUCACCGGCAGCCUGCCGAAUGCCGCAACUCAAAAACGUGGCUCGGAGCGUUUAUUUCAAUACCUCGAAGCCGAGGGCAGCGAUCCGGAGGACUAUGCGCGUCUGCUAAAAAUGGACGCCAUUAGUCGCAACACAGCUUCGGUCGCUCAGGAUUUUCAUAAAGCGGGAGGCGUGCACGAGUUGAAAAUACCAGCAAAUCAUCAACUCCUGUUCAAUAAUAAACUGCCUUCGCAAUGGACAACACGAGAGGCUGCAGCGCUGUUACACAGCCUGAGCAACAUGGGCGGCAACAGCAGCAUCAAUGGCGGCAACAGCAGCGGCAACAACAACAUCGCACAGCGGCAAAAGUUUGGCUCGAUGCGUGCUCGACAACACUCGACGGGAGAGGACGAUGAGAAUACGCCGUCAUCGGCAUCGUCGUCCUCGUACUCGGGUGACGAGUACAACAUGUCGGCAAGCACAUCGCCAAUGAAGUUGUCGCGCCAUGGCAACAGCAACAACACCAGCAAGUGCAACGGUAAAGAGAGCGAGCUCAAGGAGCAGCAGCAGAACAACAACAAGGCGAUGAUGGCAACGGCAUUUCUGGAAGCAGCAGCUUACGAACAGACGGCCAUCGAGCUGCUCGCCAGCAAGCGAAAGCUGAAGAUUGAGUACGACGAAGAUCAAGAGAAUCAACAGCUGCAGCAGCAGCGAGUGCAGCUUAUUAAAUCGUCUCCCGCGUAUAAACUAAACAACAACAAUAAUACAAAUAAUAGCAACAACAACAGCAACAGCAACAACUAUUACAAAGAGAAAUCUCAUAGAAAUGCCGUUCAUCAUCAUCAGGAUGACAAGGAGAACAACACCAGCAGCACAGAAGCAACAACGGCUGCAGCAGCCGCAGCUGCAGCAGCAGCGGCAGCAACUGUGGCGGCCGCAGCAGCAGCUGGUGUUGCCGUCACACCAAACAGCAACAGCAACAACACAACCACCAACACACCUUUUCUCACACAAAUGGAAUAUCAGAAUCUCAAUCGCAUUGGCACACAGUUUCAGAAUUAUGUUAAGGAUAUUAUCAACAAAUAUUAUGCAGCCGAGACGCCGCUUAUGCUGGCAGCAGCCGCAGCAGCGCUGCCCACCGCGACGACCACUGGGCAGCAGCGGGAGCGGGAGAGAGAGCAACAAUCGUCGCCCGCCAAGCGACGUCGUCUGCUGAGCGAGACUGAGGAGUACAUUGAGUAUCUGCGCAACAAGGAGGACAUCACGCUGACCAUCACACCAAAGGUCUCUCAAGGCAGCAGCGUUGUUGCGUCAGCGCCAACGCUUCCGACGCAGUCACUGCUUAAACGUCAGCUGGAUCUGGCAGCGCCGCGCAAAAGUCCCAAAAAGCCAGCAGCAGCAGCGGUUCAAGCACCACUCAACAACAACAGCAACAAUAACAACAAUUGUAAUGCAUCUCGCAAGUCACUCAACCAUCUGGCAACGCUGCUACCGCUGUUAGCCGACGCAGCCAGCAAACAGGAGUACUUAACGGCGCCGUUGGACUUCAGCAAAAAGUCCGAGGCCGAGACUGCGCGCAGUUCGCGCAAGCAGGCGCAGCCAAAGAAAAUACGCCUCACCCCCGAGGCUGUGGUCACCAUGCUGCGUGAUAAGCAUCUCAAUCGCCUCGGGCAGCAGAAGCUGUGCUGCGUCAGCUGCGCGGUCAGCCAUCGACGCAGUGGCGUCAGCUUCAACUAUCAUACGCUUGGCUCUCUGGCGCUGCAUCGGUUUUGGAGGCACCGCGCCUUGCAAGCCAGCACUCGCAACUGUAAGCAGUGUAGUGCACAGUUUGAGAGGCGUUACAGUUUACUCUUGCACCGUCGACUGAAGCACGGACGUCGCCAUUAAAAUUAGCAAAUGUUUGCUUGCUUGCCAUAUACACAUUUCUCAUGCAUUAGGCAUUAAUAUUGAAAAUUCAUUGAAAAUUGCAUUUAUUUGUUAAAUUUUAAGUUGUGAUGUACCUGAAAUAUGAUUUCUCUUUACAAACAAACAAAAAACAAAAGCAUAAAAGCUUAAACAACAAAAUGAUUAUGAUCAAAAAUGAUAUUGUAGAAAGCUGCGUCCCAUUUCGAUGAAUUUCAUAUUAUAACUUACACAUCUCAGUUGUAUAUUUGAGGAUUCAUACAAGCACACUCACAUUCACACACACAUACACACUUAAGCUUGUGUAAUACUCACCAUAUAGUGGUAAAAGACAACACUUAAAUAUUUAUAAAGAAACAAAAAAAAACACUUAAUAGAAUUUGAAGAUGUCAAAUGUCUUAAAUUUCGUUACAGAAUCAUUUGUGAAGUAAAAUAGCUUUAAUUUGCCAUUAUUGAACUUCAUUUAAAAUUAUUAUUAUUAUUUUUGUAGUUACUUAGUGCGAGUAAUCUUUGCCAUCUUAUACAUAAAGUAUGAUUGUCAUUUUCUAGUUGAUUAAGUUGUGUUAUUAUACAUACAUACAUAUACAUUUACAUAUACAUAUACAUACCUAAACAUAUAAUUUAUACAACAUGAAUGUAAACCUCAAUACCUUUUUGCCUUAUUUUUUAAAUUUAGCUUUAAAGAUCAAGAUAUUGCAUAUUAUAUUAUGUACGUUUAGUUCUAGUUUUAGUUUUGAGCAACAGCCACGCCCAUGCCCACAAAAUCACAAGAUCACAAAACAAAUGCAAAAACACUGCAACUGCAGAUGGCAAAAACAAAGUCUAUAGCAUAUUUAAACACGAAGAAAACAAUACCUAUAUAUAACUAACUGUACGUGUAGUUGUACUUAUGAUUUUAUCAUGGAUAAAGAAUGAAUGAAUGAACGAUAAAGGAAAGAAGAGAAGGGAAUAAACACAAGAACAACCAUACAAAAUACUCAAAGAAACAAAAUACGAUAUACAUAAUAAUAAUAUGUAAUAACUUUUUACCACACACUGAACAACAAGAAAAUAUUUGACUGAAAAGUGUCGGGGAAAUAUUACGAGAAGAUACAAAUAAAUAACAUAAAUGGUAUAAACAAUUUUUAGUGUAAAUGUGUGUUUUUGCUAAAUGUGGUAAACUUAAACAUAAAUUUAUUACACCAAACGCUAAACUAAAUCAAAUGAAAACACAAAAAAACAAACAAAACUUAAAGUAAAGUAAAUUUUUGGAUGACAAAAGC